CCGCGCACCAUAACGAAACGACCUAAUAGGUAGUCCUCCGAUAGGUCCGUCGUCCGUUGACUAAGCAUAAUUUUAAAUCCUGUUUUGUUGUUUUAGUUUAUGAGGUUUUAUUGAAAAUUUGAUAGAAGUAAAGUUUUUAAAGAAAUUCAAUGGAUAGAAUUCUUAGACUAGGGUCAGGAGGUUUAGGUUCUAUGGGACAGAAUGGAAAUUCAGAUGCUGCAACCGUAGACACAGCUGAACAAGUUUAUAUAUCAUCUCUUGCCCUUUUAAAGAUGCUGAAGCAUGGACGAGCUGGUGUACCAAUGGAGGUCAUGGGGCUUAUGCUAGGUGAAUUUGUUGAUGAUUACACAGUUCGUGUCAUAGAUGUUUUUGCAAUGCCCCAAUCAGGAACUGGAGUGAGUGUUGAAGCUGUUGAUCCUGUUUUUCAAGCUAAGAUGUUAGAUAUGUUGAGACAAACAGGAAGACCAGAGAUGGUAGUUGGUUGGUACCACUCACAUCCAGGUUUUGGAUGUUGGUUAUCAGGAGUUGAUAUAAAUACACAACAGAGUUUUGAAGCUCUUUCUGAGAGGGCUGUUGCUGUUGUAGUGGAUCCUAUACAGAGUGUGAAAGGAAAGGUUGUCAUUGACGCAUUUCGUCUCAUUAACCCAAAUGUAAUGGUGCUUGGUCCUGAACCCAGACAAACAACAUCAAAUUUAGGCCAUUUACAAAAGCCAUCGAUACAGGCCUUGAUUCAUGGUUUAAACAGACAUUAUUACAGUAUUUCGAUUAAUUACAGGAAAAAUGAUCUUGAACAAAAGAUGCUCCUUAAUCUUCAUAAAAAAACAUGGAUGGAAGGGUUAAAGCUCAAGGACUAUCAUCAUCAUUGUCAAUCAAAUGAAGAAACUGUUAAAUUAAUGCUUGAUUUAACUAAAAGUUAUAACAAAUCAUUAGAAGAUGAAGAUACCAUGACGCCUGAGCAAUUGGCUAUUAAAAAUGUAGGAAAACAGGAUCCAAAGCGUCAUUUAGAGGAAAAUGUCGGGCAUGUAAUGUCUUCUAAUAUAUUGCAAAGUCUUGGCGCCAUGUUAGAUACUAUUAGUUUUUAGUUAGAAAUAUGUUAACUGUUUAUCUUAGAAUUAUAUUUAUACAAAACCUCA